AUGGCAGAAGCUUUGAUGAUGAUAAAAACCAGCGGAGAGGUGACAGUGGCGAUGGCGAGGGCCCAAGGCUCCUCUGGUCCAGUGGCUUUGCCUCUGGACUGGCCCUUCUCUAACUACCGGCCCUUCGAGCCCCAGGCUUUGGGCUUCAGCCCAAGCUGGCGGCUGACGGGCUUCUCAGGCAUGAAGGACUGAAGCUGCAAGGUCCCCCAGGAGGUGCUGCUCAAACUCCUGGCGGGACUGAUGUGGCCCUCUCCGGGCAGGGGCCUGGUCAGAAGCCAGAAAGAGGUGCCCCAGGAACCCAGCCUACUAGUCGGGGCUCUCCCCAGCCGACCCUUCCCAGCCCUGGGCAUUGGGAUGGACUCCUGCAUCAUCCCCCUGAGGCGUGGGGGCCUGUCACUGGUGCAGACCACUGACUUCUCUUACCCCUUGGUGGAAGAUCCCUACAUGAUGGGGCGCAUAGCUUGUGCCAGUGUGCUAAGUGACCUCUACGCCAUGGGCAUCACUGAAUGUGACAACAUGUUAAUGUUACUCAGUGUCAGCCAGAGGAUGAGUGAGGAGGAAUGCAAAAAGGUGAUGCCCCUCAUGAUCAAAGGCUUUCGGGAUGCUGCAGAGGAAGGAGGGACUGCCGUGACUGGCGGACACACGAUGGCCAACCCUUGGAUUAUCAUUGGUGGAGUUGCCACUGUGGUAUGUCAGCCAAAUGAGUUCAUAGUGCCCGACAGCGCUGUUGUUGGGGAUGUGCUGGUGUUAACCAAACCCUUAGGAACCCAAGUUGCUGUCAAUGCCCACCAAUGGCUGGAUAACCCUGAGAGAUGGAAUGAGGUAAAGACAGUGGUCUCCAGAGAAGAGGUAGAGUGGGCCUAUCAGGAAGCCAUGUUCAAUAUGGCUACCCUAAACAGAACUGCUGCUAGAUUGAUGCAUUCAUUUAACGCCCAUGCCGCCACAGAUAUCACAGGCUUUGGCAUUCUAGGACACUCCCAGAACCUGGUAAAACAACAGAGAAAUGAAGUGUCUUUUGUCAUUCAUAAUCUACCCAUCAUUGCCAAGAUGGCUGCUGUCAGCAAGGCCAGUGGGAAGUUUGGGCUCCUUCAAGGAACAGCAGCUGAAACCUCUGGGGGAUUACUGAUUUGUCUUCCAAGAGAACAGGUGGCUCGCUUUUGUUCUGAAAUCAGAUCUUCCAAACAUGGAGAGGGCCACCGAGCAUGGAUUAUUGGCAUUGUAGAAAAGGGAAACCGGACAGCUCGGAUCAUCCACAAUCCUCGAAUUAUUGAGGUCCAACCUCGUGGGACCACUCCUUCUGCUCUUACUCCCGCCAAAUCCAGUGCCUCCUCGGAGUCUAGCUUGUAA